CUUUCUUCCUUAUCUAUACCAACAUUUUGAACACGCUUCACUUUCUAUGGCGCGUGCAUGCGAUCGAUGUUGGCUCUUGAAAACGCAGUGUGAUGGAGAAUCUCCAUGCGCUCGUUGCCGACGACUUCAGACAGCAUGUCUAUAUAAGCGACCUGUCCGUCGCCCAGGCAGACCGAGGUUGAAUUCUGGGCGCGGACGCGAGACUGGACGUGGUUCUGAUCAUUUGGCUGAUCAUUUGGCUGAUCUGUCCGAGUGUUCACCUCCAAGAAGAGAAGACUCGACGGACCAUCCUCGUACAGAUAAUGUGACGAGGGAGGAGUCGAUCUCAUCAAGUGACGAUGUGCCGAACCAGCUAUCAACCUGGCCAGAAGAAGAUAAUUCGGCUCGAUCGAAUGACACCCAGCAUGACAAUCUUGUAUCAAACCAUGGGGAUUCCGCAAUCGAUAUUGAAGGUCAUACACAAGUUGAACAACUCACACCAAGGCACCAUAAUGAGGAGUCAACGACACAUCUUCACUCUGAAAUGCUUACCUCCUUGGGUGAAGCUUUUGCUCUGGGCCUCGAUCUACAAAUGGCCCAGUAUAUGCUCUCACAAGUGUUUGAUCAAUCAGCGCGGCUCGGAAUCUUUACCAUAUUAUCUCAUCUUCCCCCGGAUAUGUCGCCAACGUCAUUGCUUAACCAGCCGGGAGGUCAGCCACGUGAACUUUCAUUGAUGCUCCUUGCAGUCGGGCUACAGUUGAAUUUUGUUUGGCUCCCUAUAGACUUACAGGAUUCUCUGGAGCUGCUUAUAGAUACACUGCGGAUAGAGUCACUCAAGCUCAUGCCAAUGCUCGCUUGGAAAUCCUCCGAUAUAAAUGUAUCACAGAGCAUGUCGCUCCUGCUUGCCAGCCACACAUGGUGCCUUCAGAGCGGCAUGGUUGAAAUUGCCUGUCGUUGGAAUGCGAUAGCAGGCCUGAUUUGGCACGAUCUUGUGAGAAUGGGCAAUUUAGAUCCGCUACAAAGAACUGUUCUUGCCCGAGUUGGAAAAGCAAUCGAACUUCAGAAUGCAGUCCUCGGCAUGUUGCAUUACAAGCCACCAACUGCCUCUGCUGGCUUCCAGAGUUUGCCUGGUGAUCUGCAGCACGAGGUUUUGAGCCCGGGAUGGAUUACCGCUACCUCUCCGACUACUUUGCAGACUGAUUUCUUUUCAUUAUUUAUGCCUUUGGUUCAACCUCUACAGAAAGUCAUUGCCUUGUCUCACGAUUCACCCGCUUUAGAUGAGAUUCUAGAUGAGCUGGAGGCAUACUUUAUUCGGUUUCCAACUACACUUCUCGAGUAUAAGUGUCUGGAACACGCAUAUCAGACAGAAGCCAUGAUUUGGUUUCAUGGGAUCUUCAUGCUCACAUACAUUGAUCGUGAUCUUUUUCUACUCCUCACGAGCGAUGGAUUGACCUCAACCGGCGAGUUCGUUUCUGCAUUGGAUCAUUCCAUCUUGCUGGGAGAGGCGCUUCCUACUCUUAUGCUUCUCGAUUCCAGAUGUCAGACUAUAUCGGCUGCGUCAGCUUUCUUCGUUCUAAUCUCAUCUGUGGUAACCUGCCUUGCGCUUAGGGAAUUCGACAGCUCUUUGGAUUCCUACGAGGCCAUGACUACAGUACCAUCCACACUUCUCGCCUCUACGGAUCGUCACCUAAGGGCGCUGGAAAUUUUUAAGCAAGGCACACGAUUCAACGUGGAACUUAUCAAGAACAUUCAGACAUGCCUAUCCAGUGUUGCCAUAAUAGGGAGUCCAGGUUUAUCUUCUGACUACCACAGGACACUGAAUGAAUUGGCGUUCUACGGAUGGGCAUCAGGGGGACAUGGCAUUCUUCGGUCACCAAAGCAACCGGUUGUCGAAAGCUCACAGUUCAUGAACCGCUAUCCUAUCAAUUCUCGAUUCCUGCAGGAUCGGCAAGCCCGGACACAUGCUAUUGAAAGAAUUUGUUCGCCCAGUGCUCGCAUUUGCCAACCUGGCUCUUUCGAGCUGAGCAUUGAAUUGUUUUGAUCAUAAGAUCUACAAGUAGUCACUCUGGGGCAGGCGUGUUCACAUUUGUCGAUUUACACUUGUCGAAUAUAUUCUGACUAUGAACUAUGGCUAGGGGAUUCCUGGCUCC